AUGCCAUUGACGAUUACACGUUUCGCACCAGAGAACCUCUCAUCGGCAGAGGUGACCAAGUCCUUGACCUCGGACAGUCAAUCGGCAUCCUACAAGCUUGAAUACUUUGAUCUCAUGGGGGUUGGCGCCCAUAUUCGCGAUAUGCUGUCCUUUGGUAGCGCCCAAUGGGAGAAUCUCCCCCUCACCGUACACUUAAACUGGCCGGCUGAGGUGAAGGCGCCACUCGGAGUAUUCCCCGUCCUCCACAUCAAGACUGCAGAUGGACAGGAGAUCCGGCUUUCAGAAUUAGUUGUGAUUGAACAUUACCUCGCCAAGCAGUUUGGACUCUUGGGCGAGAAUGAGUGGGAGGAGCUUCUGAUCAAGACCUUUAAUUCUUCGUCGGUGUACCUCCGUGAGCGACUCACUUUGCGUGUUACUUGGUGCUACAAGGAGGUGCAGGAGAAGGCAUUGGAGACGUUCUUUGAGAAAGAGCUUCCACGCUGGAUCGAGACACAUACUAAGCACCUCAAGGACAACGGAUCCAACGGCCAUUACGUCGGCAACAAGUUGUCAUUGGCGGAUUUGCAGACGGCGAAUGUAAUCGACCACCUCAAAUUUCUGCACAAGGGCGACGAGAUGGUGGACAAGAUCAAGCAAGGGUCGCCCGAGAUCUGGAAGGUCAAAGAGGCCGUUGAUAGUGAACCACGGCUGCAGACCUGGCGUCAGUCUGAGACCUAUAAGAAACAUGCCUCUCUCUCCCAGGUCGUGUAUGCUCAUGCAAGCAUUUAG